GAAGAUACGUAAUUAGAUUCAUUUCUUCUCUCUACCAUUCCCGCGAGUUUCAGCUAUGGAUUCUUCUCUGCGCAAUUCUCUCAAUCCCAAUAAACUUCUCAAAGAAGAAUUCGUUAGCAAUUUGACUGGAUCUUCUAUGAUCGAAAUCGCGGCGCUUUCCACUAUUAUACCUAUUCUGGUGAUUCUUCGGCAUUCAUGCUAUUGCAGCGGCGUGAUUGAUGCUUCACUGAAGAAAAGUGACAAUCCAGUUAUCCACUCAAAGAGCUUGAAGCAAUACUUGGCUGCCAUUACUGUAGAUUUUCUUGUUAUCGUGAUUCCCACUAUCUUAUUUUUCACUGUUCUAGCAGAAUGGUCAUGUCUGUGUGCGGUUUUAUUCAUUUUUCUAUUAUUGUUGUUGAUUGCAGCUAAAGGAAUCCACAGUCAUUCUCCAACUUGGGAAACAGCAAACCAAAGUCUAAAGGAAAAUAUUUCAUCUUUUAGGGUUGUUGUGAUGAUCACAACAUGCUUGUGCAUAUUGGCUGUUGAUUUCAGAAUAUUUCCCAGAAGAUAUGCUAAGACAGAGACUUACGGUACAAGUCUGAUGGAUCUUGGUGUCGGUUCAUUUGUACUGGCAAAUUCAUUAGUUUCUCAGCAGGCACGGAAUGUCCCAUCCACAAAGCGAAAAGGUGCAUUAAAAUCUGUUUUUCCUCUUAUCGUUCUUGGACUAGUUCGUCUUAUUACUACUACUGGUGUAGAUUAUCAGGUUCAUGUGGGAGAAUAUGGAGUGCACUGGAAUUUCUUUUUCACACUUGCUGGUGUAUCAAUUCUUACCACUAUCAUUAAUAUUCCUCCACAAUAUUCUGGAAUUUUUGGUACAACAAUUCUAGUAGGGUACCAGUGUUGGUUGACGUAUGGGUUAAAUGCUUAUCUUCUUUCAAAUCAGAGGGGAACAGAUAUAAUCAGCCAAAACAAGGAAGGAAUUUUUAGCAUAUUUGGGUAUUGGAGUAUUUACCUUAUUGGCGUGCAGUUGGGAAACUCUAUCUUCUUUGGAAAAAAUUCAACUGCUACGCUAAGGAGCAAUAGAAGAGCAAGGAUAAUAGUUUGGAUACUUGCUCUUUCCUUUUGGAUGGCAACCUUGCUUCUGGAUUCCUAUGUUGAGAGAGCUUCUCGAAGAACGUGCAACCUGGCAUACGUUAAUCUGGUACUGGCACAAAAUUUACAGGUUUUGGCAAUACUAAUGCUUUCUAGUUAUGUUACUGGUAAUGGAACUUCUGUUCUUGAAGAAGCGUUCAACAGCAAUUUAUUGGCUGCAUUUCUUUUGGCAAACUUGCUCACUGGGUUAGUUAACUUGUCUGUCGAUACCCUGUCCACGUCAUCCAUCUUCGCUUUAUUUAUUUUGCUUGCGUAUGCAUUUACUUUAUCGUCGCUAACGGGACUGGCCAAGUUCUAUGGCAUUAGGCUGAAGUUUUGGUAGGCAAAACAAUACCAAUCUUAUUGUUGUCGUGUUCUUCUAUGUUUAGAUAUCUUUGAAGCAGCAAAAUAUCUAAG